AUGGCACCUCCAGAAUACUCGGCCAAGAAACAGCGCAAGCGCAGCGACUAUGGCUACCACCAAGUCCACCAAACGAGAUGGUUCGACAACGACAUGUAUGCCCACCUCAACAACGCAGUCUACACCCACCUUUUCGACACAAUCGCAAACACAUACCUAAUCGAACACUGCGGCAUGGACCCCUUCAGCGUGAACAACCCAGCGCCAAAAGAAGCACAGCCACAACCAGGCCAGUCGUCAGUGAUAGCAGCAGGCGCGGACCAAAUCGGCCUAAUAGUGUCCACACAAGCAGACUUCUUUGCAUCCGUCCGCUUUCCGGAUCUGCUAGAAGUCGGACUGCGCGUGAACAAGCUUAGCAAGUCGAGUGUGACGUGGGAAGUGGGGAUCUUCAAGAAAGAUGACGAAGAGGUUAAGAUGGUUGGGACUUAUACGCAUGUUUUUGUGCUCAGGGAGACUAUGCGCGUUGGGAAGGGGGGUAUGGAGGGACGGGUUAGAGAGGGGCUGGAGAAAUUGCUUGUUAAUGAGGGGGCGAAGUUGUGA